UGGCAUCACCAAGGGCCGUAGAGCAGCUGAUCGAUAGGAAGGCCAGCUCGAGAUUAAUUGUGGUUUCAGCAAAUCUUUCCGCCGGGUAUUAAGUAACACACUGUGGUGAUAAAAUCAACAACAAUGUCAACUCUACGAGCUGCAAUUAGUCGGCACUUGGGGACACAUUGUGGAUCGCGCUCAAACGUCAGGAACACGUUGCCUUUAUAUCGCUCAUUUGGGCCACCCUGCAGACAUUAUGCCUCGCCUGUUACGCCGAAACCACAAGGGACAAGUACAUUUAAGUUAGCACUUAUUGGUGCAGGCAUUGGUGCUGCUUCUGGUACGGCAUAUUCAAUAUAUGGAAAUUGGAGGGACAAGAAUUCGCAUAUGGAACAUGAACGCAUACCGCCGAAAAUUCUAAGGAAGCUACCCGAUGUCAGGAUAACCAAGAAAUACGUUAAUCCACUUGAUGAUUCCGAUUUGAAUAUAAUACUAUUUCAAUACCAAACGUGUCCGUUCUGUUGCAAGGUACGAGCUUUCCUCGAUUACAUGGGCAUAUCGUAUUCAGUGGUUGAAGUGGAUGCAGUAUUGCGACAAGAUAUCAAAUGGUCCGACCAAAAGAAAGUUCCUAUGAUAUUGGUGCAACAAGGCGAUGGACAUUAUAUACAGAUGACAGACUCCAGCGCUAUCAUCUCGCUAUUGGCUUCUUACUUAAAUGACAAGGAUACCGAUAUAGGAUAUCUUGCAAGUUUCUACCCUGCCAUAUCCUUUUUCGAUGACGACUCCAAAAAACGGCUUGACAUACUAAACAAAUAUUUCCUAAUGUAUCAAGAUAAAACACCAAAGAAUGUAACUCAAGACAUGCAGGAAAACGAGCGUAAAUGGCGCACAUGGGCGGAUUCCCACCUCGUGCAUCUAAUAUCGCCGAAUUGCUACCGCACUUUAGGAGAAGCCCGUGAAACCUUUGAAUGGUUCUCGAAGGCUGGAGAAUGGGAUAUUUACUUUCCCAAAUGGGAACGUAACUUAAUGGUUAACGUAGGUGCUGUUGCAAUGUGGGGUAUAAGUAAGAUGUUGAAGCGCCGACAUGGCCUUUCCGACGAUGUGCGAUCACAUAUAUAUGACGCACUAAAUAAGUGGACUAACGAGCUGGAGAAGCGCAAGCAGAAAUUCAUGGGUGGUAAGCAGCCAAAUCUUGCAGAUCUAGCAGUUUUCGGAGUACUUAACAGUAUGGAAGGAUGUGAAGCUUUUGGGGAUUGCAUGAAAAAUACUAAAAUUGGUGUUUGGUACACAAAUGUAAGAGAAUUGGUUGAUAAAAAUCGCGGCGAUUUAAUAAGACGAACAGAUUUGGUUCCACUCCAUGCUUAGUAGGCGCUUCUUAAAAUCUUAAAUUAUUUUGUUUGUUAAUUAUUUUUUAAAAGUACCUAUAACAUUUGAACAUGUAUAUAAAAUAUUUCAAGUCAGUAUACAAAUUUUAAAGCUU